AUGGCCGUGGAACCUCCAAGUGAGGUGGAGCAAAAGUCAAAGUACGCAGAAGAAACAGGACCAUAUUCGCCCGUAACCAGUCACGAAGCAAGCACUGUAACGACAAAAUGGCAAGACAUGCUUGCAGAGCUCAAAUACUCGUUUACGACGAAAGAUGGCUGGAUCGGUAACUACGACUACAUCUACCUAAUCACCCCAAACAUCUGGCCCUUGAACAAAAAAUACAAAAACUAUAAGGCCCCCUUCUACGGCCUAAAUGACCGCGUCCCUAUCCUCUUGACACUCCUCCUCGGCCUCCAACACGCCCUCACCAUGAUCGGCUCCAUCGUCUCCCCACCCCUCGCCAUCGCCUCGGGCGCCUUCAAUUUCGAACCGGAAAUGACCACCGUCGUAGGACCCACCUUCGACAUCCUCCCCAUCGUCUUCAACUACGCCGCCCUACGCUACAAAUCCGGCUCUUGUCCCGUCCUCGCCGACGGAACACAAGCACCGUGCCCAGACGCCUGGGGCGCAUGUUUAGGAACUAUGCUCUGCUGCGUGUGGAUCCAAAUAGGCAUGGCAUUCGUACCCCCCAAGCUCCUCAACAAAGUCUUUCCGAAACUCGUCACUGGGUCCCUACUUACCUUGAUCGGCGUGUAUCUCGUCGGAAACGGGCUGCAGAAUUGGGGCGGGUCCUCGAAUUGCCACGAUGGUGAGGGGUUCUACGCGCUUUGUCCUGAUGUUUCUGCGCCGAAACCGUUGGUUUGGGGGCACCCGAAGUUGAUAGGGUUGGGGUUUAGCGUGUUUGCUACUAUCGUACUUGUAGAAGCUGUGGGUGCGCCGCUCAUGCGCUCGGCUUCCGUAGUCAUCGGUUUGGCAGUUGGCUGCGCCGUGUCGGGCGCAACGGGGUACUGGUCUACUGAGCAGUUGGAUCGAGCGCCUGGCGGCACAUUUCUCUGGGUGCAUACGUUCAAGCUGUCUGUCGAUGGAGCGCUAGUGUUACCCAUGAUCAUCAUGUUUGCGUGUCAAGCGGUGUCUUGCAUCCCGGAUAUCCUGGCUACGGCCGAGCUGUCGGAUGUGGAUAUCGAGGGUACAGUGUUCAACAGCAGAGUCCAGGGCGGUAUCUUGUGCGAUGGCAUUGGCAGUUUCCUGAGUGCACUUGCGACCGGUCCACCGAUGGUCAGCCAAGCCGGCAACAAUGGUGUCAUAGUGCUUACGGGCUGUGCGUCUCGUCGAGCGGGUUGGGCAGCAAGUGGGUUUCUGGUUCUCAUGGGAGUCGUUGCCAAAUUUGGGGCUGUCUUUGCUUCUAUGCCCCCUUCGGUGCUCGGUGGUAUGCAAGUCUUCCUCUACAGUACCAUUGCCGUAGCGGGCAUUCGCGUCCUCGCACUGAUCUCGUGGACACGUCGCGAUCGCUUCAUUCUUGCCGUCGCACUUGGUAUCGGAUUCAUGGAUAUCUGUCAACCUGACUGGUUUGCCCAGGUUCUGGCGUACAACGGACCAAAUGAGAAAUUGAUCGGAUUUGAGCAGGGAAUCAAUCUCGCGGUUGAAACGCCAUUUGUCAUUGCUGCCAUUGUAGGCGUAAUCCUAAACACAAUACUUCUGAAAGAUCAAAGUCCUGUACCGAUCCUGGCAUAUGGCAACGAAUGAAGGGCAUCUUGGGGCUGCCAUGCGUGAAGAUUAGUCGAUUCUGACAAGCUUCCGAUAUCGUCAUUUACAAUUUACACGUUUGCACUACGGAAUGUCAGGCCCGAAUCUCGUUGUACGAGCCAGAAAAGCAGCCUUGUCCCUGCCAAAAAUGCCAUGUCGUUCAAUCAACGGAUAGAUCAAUUUCGCUCUACUACUUAGGCCCACC